AUUGGCAAUUACAGCGAGAAGUCAUGCAACGCUAUUUUUCCCUGAUAACUUGUCGUUUGUUGCUAAUAUCUGCGCUUCUGUUUGCCAGAGAAGCUGACGGUCUCCAGGUGAUUGGUGGAAGUGGGACAGCGGUUCUAGGAGGUACGGCCAUCUUACCGUGUCAUGUCACUAAUAUCAAUGAUGACCUGACACAGAUUACCUGGCAAAGGAAGACUAGAGAAAACCCUCAUAAUGACAAUUUUAUUACUAUCCAACCCAGAAAUGGACUACAGUUUGUCAAUGGACGUGAUGAUCGAUUUAAAUAUAUCGGGAAUUUUAACAACAGAAAUGGAACUCUCCAGUUAUCCAAUGUUGCCCUGAAGGAUGAAGGCAGCUACACGUGCAUCUUCACCCUGUUUCCAAGUGGAAAUCAGAAGAUUGAGAUACCUCUAAACUUGCUCGUGCCUCCUUUCACAAGUGUGAUGGACAAUCUUCCCACUUUGGGCACAGAAGAGGUUUUAUUUGCUACCUGCACGGCUGCUGGAUCGAAGCCUCCUGCAGAAGUGAGGUGGCUCACUGAUGCUUUGGGAGACAAAGUGAGGACAACAAAAAACUCCACCCAGUAUGACAACGGUACGACUACCACAGUCAGCUCUCUGUUUGGUGUUCCUACAAGAAAGAUUAACGGUCACCAGGUCCAGUGUGUCAUCAGUGGUGACUCCCUGUCUGCAGAAGAAACCCUGGCCUUCACCAUACAGGUCUACUUUUCUCCUACAGAAGUGAAAAUUUCAGCAAUUUCAGAGGAUUCAUUUGAGUGUGUGACAGAAGCUAACCCAAAUGCAAAAUUCACCUGGAUCAGAUCUGGCCAGUCUUUGCUGGAGUCUGCUGUCAAAGUAGACGGUGCAAACCUACAACUGCUCAGCCUGACAUCUGAUCUAAAUGGACUCUAUCAGUGUGAAGCAUCUAACGCAUAUGGAAGUAAACACGGUCAGCUCUAUGUGCAUGUGACAUCAGGAACAUGCCGUGUUGCCUGGGCAUUAUUUCUUGUUUUGCUUUCCCUGAAUGUUGGGGCUGCAGCAUGGUACUUUUAUAAAUCUGGACGUUUUAAAAGCUGUGGGAACAAAUAAGGGACAACAUCUGGACCGAUACCUCCACCAACGUGUCAUUCCACAGUCAACUGGUAAACAUACAGAUGAAUAGAUGGAGGUAUUUGGUAACCUUUCCUACCCGCGAAUCCCUUUUAUUUUGUGAUUCAGGUUUAUAAAUGUUUUUGUCUUACUUUAAAAUUGCAGUAAUUGCAUAAAAACAUUGGUAACUGACUCCCACUCUCCUUGCAUGUAACUCCCACUGCCACAGCAUUUUGGAUGUGGCUUUUACUGCCUGUUCCUGUUGUCAUGAACAACAGCUGUUUUUGUUUUUUCCCACCUGCUUAUUAUUACUACCCUUCAUGAAGGGUAACAAUGUUAAUUGUACAUUUUUAGGUUUAAAAUGUACAGUACCAGCACAAGUUUAGACACACAGCCUGUUCAUAUUAAACAACAGAUGUAUCAGCAGUACACCACGAAAGCCCACGCAGACAGUGGGUUCAAAACAGCUCGCAGACAGUACAAACACUCACACCAGACAACUCCUUGAAUGCAGUAAUCUGUCUGUCUGGUGUACAAUUACUACUGAGCAACCAAAGCUGAGGGUGCAAACACUUGCUCUGUAAUUUCAACCAGUAUCAUUAGUAUAUAAUUUUAUAACUAUGCAGCCCUGCCUUUGUCCUUUUUAUUAAAAUAAAAAGGAAUCUCAAUCACUCAUCAGGGACUUUUUUUAUACAGAUAAAAGAUCCUCCUUUUUGCCAGAUUUAUUAUUUUAGGGUUUUUUUUAUUAAAUG